AUGAAGCCCUCUACAAAACGGGUCAUAUUGUCUGUCAACGUCGUCGGUUCGGAUGGAAAGACCAUUGGAAACUACCAGCUGACCGGCGGCAGCGUUUGGGAGCUUUGCCAACUGCUGGCCCAGGAGCAAAAUGUGCCCGAGACCGAGUUCGUGGAGCUCUCUUGGCAGGACAAGACGCUUUGGCCUAUGUUGCCAUUGGAGUCACAAGGCAUUGUUGGAGAUGGCGAAGUUCUAACGAUGGUGAAGACAGCGGCGAAGCCUGUGGCUGGAAUCUACUCGGUGAACCAGAAAGACUAUCCGGAAGAUCGCUACAGUUGCUGGGAGGAGAUCCAUUUGCUGGAGGAUAACACCGUUUCCUUCGCCGAAGUCUCGGCGGGGACUGGUCGAAUGG